AUGCUACGUUGUGAGGGAAGAACUAACCGCGGUGGCAAGUUCAACGCUGUGGACUAUGCCAAAACCUUAAAAUGCGAUGUCUGCCAACGACACCGCCAUGUCGCUCCAGCCAGAGCAGCAGCUCCACCUAAAGAAGUCAGCCCAAACCAGAUCGUCGGUGUGGAUACGAUUUACCUACAAGGACUUCAACCAGGUGGAAAGACCAAGAUGGCCCUCAAUAUGGUGGAUUGGGCCACACGAUUUCAGCUGGUGAUCCCACUCCAAGAUCAUACUCCUCGAGCCGCACGGCAAGCUCUUAUGCACUGGAUCCGGAUCUUUGGGGUACCGGAACGCAUCUAUGAUGACCUGGGAAAGGAGUUCAGGGGCUGCUUUGAAAUGAUGAUGGACCAGGACGCCAUCAUCCUUGACCCGGGUUCGUUAGAAUCGCCAACACAGAGAUCACUGACGGAGCGAGCAGGAAAGACUUACAAGGAGGUGUUCUCCAGGACGACCAUGGAUGCAGCAUGCAAUAACUGGGACGAAUGGCAUGAGACGGUGGACGUUGUAACAGCCACCAUCAAUCGGCUGACAAACAAGUCUGGCUUCAGUCCCAUGCAGAGAAUGUUGGGGUAUAACCCCAGGAUCCCCGGAAGCAACAAGAGCGGUGGAUUCAAUGAUGUGUCAGCGGCAUCCCGAUACGAAGCAGGAGAUCUACAAGUUCGACGAUCCAUGAGACUGAGGACAGCAGCAGCCAUAGCUUACUACAAGGCCGACUGCGACCAGGCCUUGAGGAACUCUCUCCAUGCCGGUCACCGGGUAUGGCAUCACUAUGAGGAGUACAAGGGCUACAUCGUCCUCGAUGAGAAGCCGCCGGACAUCAUGGACAUGCCUCCCAUCAUUGACAAGGACUUCGUUGGACCUCUACCUCCUCAAGUACCAAGCAGGAAAAUCACGGGAAAGCAUCCACCAGAAGAAGUGGAGUUCAAACCAGAUGCCUAUGACAUCAAACGACGACGAGCUGAAGAGGACUUCGAGAUGCUGAGACCAGGAGAACAACCAGCUAGUGAGCUGGAUCAACCAGAAGAGAUCACCAACGAGGAGACUGCGGCUGAAUCAGCCCGAGGUGAAAUCCCACAGCCAGUGGACGACGAGAAUCAGGACAGGCCACUGGAACGUGGACAAAUCAGAGCUGGAGAACAACUUGAAGAAGGUGCUGAAAGACCAAACAAGAGACAUAAGGCAGAAUUGCUGGAGAUCCUAUACCAGCAGCUGGAAUCGGUGAUGACGAACCGGAAGAGGAAGGAGACCAGCUACAGAACCAUGGACAAGAAGACCAAGGCAAAGUUUGACAAGGCAAUCCUCAAGGAGAUCAACAACAACCUGAAGUCGGGAGCUGAUCAGGCUCUCACCACAGAGGAGUCGGAGAAGAUCCGGCGCGAUAAGUGGGAGAAUCUCAGUAAAGAAGGUCUGCUACUGGACAACAGUGACGGAGAAGUUCUCAAAGCCAAAGCCCGACAUGUGAUGAAGGGCUACUCCGAAACAAAUGCAGAAGACCUUGAAUCGACCACACCACAGGUGGCGAAAGACACGGUCUUCUUCGUCCUUCAGAUACUGGCAAGUAUGAGGUGGCUGGUGGGGCAUCUGGACUUCACCCAGGCCUUCCACUCAGGAGGCUUAUUUGAGCGAGAGCUGUAUUGCUCACUUCCACCAGAAGGAGUACCAGGACUACAAGAACGACAGCUUCUGAAACUGCUCAAGACCUGCUACAGGUUGACAGAUGGCCCAUAUCAAUGGUAUCAACACUUGAGCAGGCUACUGGAGUCCCGAGGAUACACCAAGAGCAAAGCCGACUCGUGCUUGUUUCUUCUCUUCAACCAGGACAAGACUGAGAUUGACGGUUUGAUCGCCCUGGCCACCGGUGACAUGAUCCACGGAGGUAACGAUCGACACUGGAAUAACAUGGAGUGGCUCAAAGGUCAGUACAAGAUGGGCAAGUACACUACGGGAAGUGGCAAGUUCACCGGGAAAAUGACUGUACCAGCGUCAGAUGGAUCAAUCAUGGUCCGUCAACAACCCUACAUCGAGGAGAAGGUCAUCAAGAUCCCGAUUGAAAAGAACCGAAGAAAGCAGAGAUACUCCCGCGGAGAUCAACCAGUGAUGCCAACACCUAUGAUCAAGGACCUCAUCGACGCCAACCAGAUCACCGAUGAGCUGAAGAAGAACCCGGAACUUGGCAUCAAGGAGGAGAUUAUCAACGACAAGUGGGACGAGAAGGAGGCGAUUCAAGAGAGAACAGGCUCACCAUGGACUGGAACAACCACCUUCCUGAAGUCGACCGUUGAAGAGGAGAUCACCAAACCAAUCAACGAGCGAUUUCUGCAGCUGGCAAAGAAGCACAGUCAGGGUGGAUACCUUGUGGUCUACUACGACGCCAACCUGGAGCGUCAGAAAGGAACCAAGCUGAAGCUGGAGACCCGGGAGAAGGAGCUGAGCCGGAUUCCCUUCAUAGCAGUCACGGACUCGAAGUCCCUCUAUGACACGGUGACCAAGUGCAGAAACACUUCGGCCCACGUGGAUAACAAACGCACGGCAAUUGACCUGACCAUCCUGAAGGACGACCUCACCAAGACCAAAGGCCAAGUCAGGUGGGUCUGUGGAACCAACAUGGUAUUAGAUUCCCUCACCAAGAAAAUGCCUCCUGGGUUCCUCCAAAAAGUCAUGACUGAACAUGGGCAUAGGAAACUCUUAGAAAUCCACGCUUUGUUCAACAUAAAGCGUGGUCGAUGUGAAUCUGAUGAUUCUUGCAGUGCCUUGAACAAAGCGCAUUCCUAG